CUCCGUAGCGUAGUCGGAUUCACACCGGCUUUCGGUGCGAGGGGUCCUGGGUUCGAGUCCCGGGUAAGGCAUGGGUGUACCAUACAUAUUCUGAUAUUUGAAAACGAGUUGAAAUUGAGAUUCACACUGAAAAUAAUGACCCUUUGGCUGUUGGCGAAAGCUGUAGGCCACAUUAAUAUAUAAUAAAAAAAAAAUAUAUAUACUGCACGGCAUAAUCUAUGCCCCGUGAAAAAAAAAAAAGUAAAUCAAAAUAUACUGUGUUACGUGGCAAUUAUUUUGGCAUGUAUUUUGGAAAAAUGUUUUAGUUAAAAAUUUUGUAGGAUAUAUUCGACAGCUUAGGUUUAUAUUAUAGCACUGCUAAAUGCAGUAAAUAUGGCUGAAGAAAUUUUAGUUCGCGAGCAGUAUGGUUUGUUAGGAAAGGAGAAAAUAUAUUCGAAACACUUAGAUCGGGAUUCUAUUGUGGAAUUGGUGACAGGAGUACAACCAUUCUAUGGUUGUGGUGGAAUCAUCAAAAAUUUCUUCCGAGAGGUAUUCUUGCCGCAGGGCUAUCCAGACAGUGUUAGCAAGGACUAUUUGGCUUACCAAAUAUGGGAUACCAUUCAGGCUUUCUGCAGCACGUUAAUGGGCACGCUAACCACCCACUCGAUAAUGAAAGGAGUCGGUGUUGGGGACACUGCGGCCACGCCUCUUGCAGCUGCCGUCACGUGGAUCAUGAAGGAUGGCACCGGAAUGGUCAGCAGAAUCAUGUUUGCUUGGUGGAAGGGAACGUGCCUGGACGCAGACUGCAAGAAGUGGCGCCUCGUGGCGGACGGGCUGAACGACGCGGCCCUGUGCCUGGAGAUGUGCCUGCCGCUGGUGACGGAGCACUCGACCGCACUACUGUGCGCGUCCACUGCCGUCAAGGCCGUGGUGGGCGUCGCCGGUGGGGCCACGCGCGCAGCCGUCACCCAGCACCAGGCUAUUCGGAACAAUAUGGGUGACGUGUCCGCGAAAGACGGCAGUCAGGAGACACUUGUUAACCUCUGUGCUUCGCUGACUGGAAUCACGAUCCUCUCGACCGUGGUACCAGAUGGAAUGCAUGCAUGGAUGCUAUUUGUGUUUUUUGCUGUAUCACACUUAUUCGCAAAUUACAUGGCUGUCCAUGCUCUACAAAUGACCAGCUUGAACGAAGAGCGGUUGCUACUGUUGCUGAAAACUUUCAUACUGACCAAAAUUGCAGCCACCCCCCGUGGUGUCCAGUUCAAAGAAGCAGUUAUUUUGGGCACCGGCCAGUCAGCAACAAAGUUGUGUGGGCACGAAAUUGUGAUCGGAACGUCGCUGAAGAAAGCAAUAAAAAAUAACAUCACAUCAAAUGAUUUAAAGUUUUUAACAAAGCAGUACGAGCCUAGAGACUAUCUCCAUAUUGAAGACCUAAACCAUAGAAUAAUAUACAUUGUCUUACGUAAGAAUAUUACACCAGUCGGUGUGCUGCAAGCAUAUUUUCAUGCUGUCUUGUAUGGCAUCGCUGUGGCCAUACUGUACGAAGAAGAUUUGCCUCAUCUAACAACAAGUAAAGAUUUAUACGAGAAGUCCACGUUAUUACUGGGACUGCGCUCUGCCUUGAUUCAAACACGCUUCAUAAAAUAUCCACAUGACUUGAAUAUCACAGUGAAAGCAAUUAUGGCUGCAAAUCAAGUGGUCAACCAAAACUUUACAAAAUUUCUAGCAGAAAUUGAGUCCCGUGGUUGGCAAACAGACACACUUCUCUUGUCAGUUGAUGAAUGGCGAGGAGAUUGGUGAAGAAUAUUUACUUGCUACACCUAUGAAUUCCAUAUUGAAAUAAAAAUUUCAUUUAUCAGGGCUA